UAACCCACUACCCAUUGCCGACAAUUGAAAUUUCCGGAUCAAAGUGCACAGAGUGGGCAUAACGGCACCAAAUCUGAGGAUCUAGAUUUUCCAUGUCCCUGUAUCGCGCCCGCACCGAUGUUCGGCGCGCAAAGUCGAAGGUGCCUCCUCGAUUCACCUCCUAUCAGCGUUCGUGGUGCUGCUGACAGGCGUGCUGCGUUCUCUCGCCCCCAUUGCUUCGACUCCGACUCCUCGGUAGGCUUCAUCCACAAUGGACCCAAGCGGCGCCCCGCAUAUGCAUGGCGAUGAGUUGCACCCUCUCUGGGGAGGGCCGCAAUUUGUCCCCUUCCUACCCCAUGGAGGCCACCAUUCCCCCGACCCUGCCGGCUAUCCGUGUCCCGACCUCUACUCUCAGCCUCAGGCUGGCCCGUCAACGGCUGGUCCAUCGACUCUCGCUACAGGGUUCUACCUGGAAUCGGCUGCGCAUAGCCAUGAAAUCUACUGCCUCGAGAGGUUCCUCGCAGCCAUGCGUAUCGUUGCCGAGCAUGAGCGGAGUCCAUUGGCGCGGCAAAUCCUCGACAUGGUGGUCAUGUAUGACCGUUUGGAUACGGAGGGGCGGCUGGGAAUGGCCGCGCCCCAGGCAGGCUUUCUACUUCCAUACAUGUCCACCGAGGGAAGCAUCGACGACAGCCACUCCUCGGCCCCAGGCUCUGUGGGGUCAUCCCAGCCUGAGGACGAUGGGCCGCUGUGCAAAUGGCGCAGCUGCGGCCGGUCCAUCGGGACGACUGUGGCGAAGUCAAGAAGCACCUCGUAGAACACCAUCUCCAAGACAUCCCGGAGCCGCUCGACGCCUGGAAGACGUCCGACUGAAGGUAGCAUGCCGCUGGCGCGACUGCGACACCGACCUGCUGCACCGCAGCCUAUCGAAGCAUAUCUCAGGCACGCACCUCAAGUCGACGACCGUGAUUUGCAGCGUUGAUGGGUGCAACGAGAGGCUGUCAAGAGGCGAUGCUUGAAGAGGCAUGUGGAGAUGAAGCACAGGGUUAAUAUAUUGAUAUUGGUGAGUCUGGCAUUUACUAUCGUCGGAAGCUGUGUUUAUUUGUGGGAGGGCAGACGCCCCAAGAGCGUUCCUCGUAUCUCGGUGAUAUGAGGUUUGGCGCACAAUACAAAGCAUACCCCGCAUCCACGACUAAUAUAGUACAGGAUUUUCCCGCCGUUCCCUCCAGUUCGAAUCCCCGGGAUCUUCACAAUUCA